UAUCAGAUAGACCUAAGAAUAUAGAUUUAACUCAUAUAAAAGAAGAUGCAGAAAAGCUUCUCAAAGAAGCUAUAUUUAGACUCAUAUCUUUACUAAGAGACUAUUUAGAUAAAAAUGCAGAA